GUCACGUCCGGGGGGGUUAGCUUUUCUUCCUCAUUUGCCUUAGCACAGUGUUGUUAUUCCCAGUCGAUGGCCCCCCUGUUCAAGCUACCGGGGAAGCAAAAGUCUCUAGGCGCACCAGGGGAUGACCCGGAUGUUGUGGACGGAUGUGCAAGUGACGGGGAUGCAGAACGACCAGUCGGGCAGGAUUUGUGA